CGCGUUUCGUGAUGUGGCAGCAGCACUGUGUGCAGUGAGAUGGAACAUCAGCGGGAAAGCCCCGUUUGCAAUAGACUGCAAAAUUAAAUAUUUGCCUUUAUUCUUUAAUUAAUUAAAUAGCCAGAUUUAAGAGAUGAUUCAUUAGAUGCUAUGGUGCAUGUGUGAUCAAGUUUGAGGCUAACAAGAUGACGGUCCGCCGGUCCGCAGCUAGAAUCAACAAUGCCUGACAAACGAAAUUGAGAGCAAGCAGAACAGAAGAAGAAGAGCAUGCGUUUAAAUCAAAAACACUAAACAGAUGAAAAUAUGGAUCCAGAGAUUUCAGUGAUAUUCGCAGCAUCACGGCCCCCAGGAGUUCCACAGUCGAAGCUCAGGGUGAAACUGCUCGAGGAAUACAACCGGAAGACUUUGCCAUCACACGAGAGCAAAAUCAAGAAAAUAUGGGGACUACGAACCGAACAGAAUCCAAAGCUUUACAACGGAUCCAAGUUUCGGUUUCACUCACUCUAUACUGUCAACAAUAGCGGCGAGGUCACGUUUGGUUUAGGUAUCACUGGAUAUAAAGACUUCAUCGGGACAAACUGGGCGGAUAAUGCAGCUGAGCUUUUAGAGUCUGGCAGGAGAGAUUUCAGUAACAGCCAGGCGUAUAUGUCCGAUGCUUUAGGUGUGGGUGCUUUUGUGCAAACAGCAGAUGAUUGUGUUAUUUUCAUACGGAGGAGUCAGCAUGUUGGUGAGGCGCAAGGACUAUGGGACAUUCCUGGUGGUCAUCCUGAGCCAGGGGAAGUCAAAGGUGGUGCAGCUAGACUCGAAGACAUCGUCCUGACUGACAUGACUGAUCUGGAUGUCAGAAAUGAGCUCAUCUAUUCCACAAUUCGUGAGAUCCGAGACGAGAUCAACAUCCCAGAGUCGGAGUUAGAGGAGCCUUACCUAAUAGGACUGGCCAAAAAUAACACCAGCUCAGGACGACCAAGUGCUGAAUUCUUUGUCAAGUGCACAUUACAUUCUAGCAAAGUAAUGGAGUUGUACAAAGCUGGUGGUGCAGAGGCAGAUGAAUCAACUGGGCUGAAACUCGUCCCGCUAGCGGAGGUGAUGAGCAUGGAAAACACUGAUAUGUGGAAGAAGAUGGCACCAUCUGCUAAAGGAUGCGUCAAGAUGUAUACAUUAAUGAUAGACUCAUAAUCAGAUCUCAUGACUUGGGCCCAAUUUCAUAAAGCCUGUGAACACACAAAACUUGCAAAGCACGGAGUAGUAUCGCUUAGCAGAGACUGUUUACCAGCGGAGCCCAUAUUACAUUAAGUUUGAAUUGUUGUUGCUGGUGUCUGACUCAACUUUAAACUAGCAAAGACAUUUGUCAAGCAGUAUUUUCUGCUUAACAGCUUAAUGACAUUAUGCCCAGACAUGGUCAUGACCUUUGAACUAGCUGCAAUCAGUCCAAGCAUCUGUCUCUCUAACUUAAUUCUUCUUUCCAUCUCUUCUCAUUUGCAUGAACACACUUUUAGUUUAUAUUGUCUUUGGGUGAACUUUAAAUAAUUCACUCCCAUAGGUGCAAUUACAAGGGCAUUGUUGGUUGAGGUUACAACAGCUGUGUAUAUAUUUAUAGAAAUAUAGUUUUAUUUUUGGUAGAACAAGGCUCAGUGCUUGUUAACAGCCGUAUAUAUUAUUAUUAUUAUUAUAUAUGUUUUUGUUAUUUCUUAAGUUAAACCCUCUUACUCAGUGGUAAUAAACUAUUUAAAAACAAUUCAACUGCAUGGGUUGUGCAUGGUGGCACAAAUUGGCAUAAAAUAAACCACUUACACAUGUGUUGGUGUGUAAUUCUAUGGCCAAAUGAUAUAUUGCAUAGCUUGUCCAUUACUCAUGAUCUUACUUAGUAAGUACUCAGGAGGAGGGUUAACAUUUUUUAAUUUUCUAAUGAUGUCAGUUUGGGAAAAAAAGACCAAGUGCCUUACUACAUGUAUGAAGAGUCAGGCAAAGAAACCAUAUUUUUCCAUUGUUAACAUUCCAAAGGUGAGGAUGUGCUUUAUUUAUUGUCUUCUUCUUCUUUCAUUUUAAAGAGUUUAAUAAUGUGAGGUUUGUGGAUGACACCAUGUGUAUAGACCUCAUUUUGAGUAGACAACUCAAUGUCAAGUUACAUAAUAGCUCGAUGAUGAGUUUAGGCAUGGAAUUGAACCUAAAACUGAACUGAAUCUACUUGCUGCAAACUGCGUCACAAUUGGUUAAUUUUUUACAAGUGAUGGUGAAAAGUAAAGUUUAAUAUUUGAUAGCUAUUUUUUUCUUCAAGUAAGGAACUUUGAUAUAUUAAACGAUGUGCAGUGCACUUCUACUUAUAAAUGUCCCCAUGGCUUUCUGCCAUUUUGGGAUGGUCACAUCAUUGUAUCUUUAUAGUUUUAUAGCAAAUUAAUUUUGUAGUGACUUAUAAAUUCACAUGACUAAUAAAUAACACGGAAUCAAAGUGAAA